AUGGAUCACGAGAAAGAAGGUACAUUAGGCAAAGAGCAUAAACCAAAAAAAGCAGUACAAAGAACGAAUGCUUUAAAAUAUGAUACUAACGAAGAAAAACAAAAAUUAAAUCAAUUAAUUGAUUUUGUUGAUAAUCAUGGUGAUAAAUUGUAUGAAAUCAAAAUGAUCAAAUACAAUUCCAACGAUGAUGAUGAUGGUGAUAUUACGGAUUUUGAUCCAGAGAAUGAAGAAGUGUUAGCGUCAACGGUUAUGACAUCAUGA